AUGGUAAACACUGAGAACAAUGGUAUAGUAUUAAUAUUGAGACUACAAACGGGAGACGUGCUAGACUUGCAAGUUCACAAACAUGUCCAAAACAACAAACAACACCAAAUAGACAUAUCCUUUGGAUCCUUGCAGGCUGCACCUGCAAGGAUCCAAAGGAUCUACCAUAAUGUCAACUUUCAUGCCCACCAUUUAGCGUCUCCCACUCAAUGUGUGUCCUUCAUUCAGUUCACUGUGCACUACUCAAUGUUUCUCUCUUUAGUUCUAGUGUUUUCUCUGUAUUUUUUCAUGUCUCUCUGUGUAUCUUCUCUUCUUAGCGUCUCUCUGUUGGUAGUGGUGUGGGUGAUCUGGGGGCUUGCAUGCGGUGCAUGCCACUUGGGCUUACAUGCGGUGCAUGCCACUUUGCAUGCCACUUUCUCACAAGACUUUGAUGCAACAUAA